AGAAGGGCAGCCCGCCGUGGCUGCCGCGGCUUCCAUCCCGACUUUCUGCAGCAUCUGCUGAUCCUCAGUGAACACCUGGAGAACAACCAGACCCGCGAGCCCAGUACCUGGCGGAGAUGCUUGUGCUCAAGUACGGCACGCACGUCCUCACCCAUGUGGAUGCCGGUGCUACCUUGGUGCAGGAGGACCAGGUUUCGGUUUUCCCUCUGCGACUCCACACCAUGAAGGAACUGAGGGACAGCGGACUGCCAAGGCGAAGCUGUCCUCCAGCCAUGGCCCUGUGCCUGGCAUCACUGCUGGCCCUGCUCUCAGCCGGGCAGGGCAGCAGCAUGGGGAAUCAGGAAAUCUCCGCCAUCCAAGACUGCAAACAGGCAUUGAAUGUGUCAGUGCUGUGGGCACUGCCUGGAGGUGGCUGGGACAACCUGCGCAACGUGGAGCUGGGGCUGGUGCUGGGGCGCAGCUACUCCCAGUGCCGCACCACGGAGGACGGCGAGUACCUGAUCCCAGACCAAGUGUACGUGGUGCCACGGCGCGAGAGCGUGGUGGAGACCCGCGCCGAGCUCAUUGACGAGUGGCUCAACUACACCGACACCUGGGCGUUCUCCAUCAAUGCCGAGCUCUCCUACCUCCCCAUCCUCAAUGGUAAGUUCUCCGCGGACUUCCAGAACGUCAGGAAGUACAGCCUAGAGUAUGAGACGGUCACGGCCAGAGUGCAGCUCCGCCACAACAUCUACUCUGUGAAGGCCUCGGAGGCCCCCGGCUUCCAUCCCGACUUUCUGCAGCAUCUGCUGAUCCUCAGUGAACACCUGGAGAACAACCAGACCCGCGAGGCCCAGUACCUGGCGGAGAUGCUUGUGCUCAAGUACGGCACGCACGUCCUCACCCAUGUGGAUGCCGGCGCUACCUUGGUGCAGGAGGACCAGGUAAAGCGGGACUUUGUAAAGGAUGAACUGGAGAGCCACAUCACAUUGGCUGCCUCGGGCUUGUUUUACCACACAGUCAACGUUGAGGCCGCAGCCUCCUGGCAGGUGCAGAACCGGUUCAUCCUGAACUAUAUGAGCAACAUGGUGGCCUCCAAGACGCGCAGCCACGGCGGGCUGCCCUUCUACCCGGGCAUCACCAUGCAGAAGUGGCAGGAGGGCAUCAGCAACCGGCUGGUGGCCAUUAGCAGGUCCGGCCUGCCCCUGCCCAUGCUGCUGGAGCCCGAGGCGCUGCCGGAGCUCCCAGCGCCCGCGGUGCACCGGGUCGCAGCCGCUGUGCACAGCGCCAUCAAUCGCUACUACGAGGUCAACGCGCAUCCCGGCUGCCUGAGGCGCGGAGAGCCCGCCUUCAAUCCCAAGGCUAACGUGGAGGAUGGCUCCUGCUCUGGCGGCAACCCAGCCAACUAUAGCUUCGGGGGCGUCUUCCAGGAGUGCAAGGCUGUGUCCGGAAUGGACGCGGAUGAGCUCUGCCAGAACUAUAGCACCCCGAACCCGCUCACCGGCCACCUCUCUUGCCCACCCAACUACAAGGCCAGUGUCCUGAACAGCGAGCUGAAGACAUCAAGCAAGAUCCACUCUGUGUGCCAGCAGCAGUGCCAGAGGUGCUGGCUCUUCUUCUCCUGCUGCGAGAAGGUGUGCACCUCCCAGGAGCAGUACAGCGUGGUGCGCCUGGCGGCCUCCUGGUGCGCGCCCACCCAGGCCUCCCCGCCCGCCACUAUAGACUUCCUCUUUGGAGGCCUCUAUAGCCCCAACCACCCAAACCCGCUCACUAGAGGCUGGACCUGCCCCUCCUACUUCUACCCACUGACACUCUUUGGCGACCUCAGGGUGUGUGUCAGCAGCGACUUCGAAAUGGGGACAGCCCAGGCACUUCCCUUUGGGGGUUUCUUCAGCUGCCAGGUGGGCAACCCCUUGGCUGGCCUCUUGAAGGGACAGAGUGCUGGGUUCCUGCAGGAGAUGUUCUACCAGGACAGUCCCACAGCCUACCCCAUGAAGUGUCCAAAAGGGUACAACCAACACCAGGCUUACCUCAGCGAUGGGUGCCAAAUCCUCUAUUGCCUCAGGGCUGGGACCCUCUUGGACCUGGAGCAGGUAGCUAUCCGUUUGCCCCCAUUUACUCCCCGCCCCCUCUCGCUCAACAACAGCAGCUGUUCCCAGAGGCUCUCUGUCCUGGUGGACUCCAGUGACCUGCAGGUCUGGGUGAGGCAGAAAGGCUGCAGCCACUGGCUGCAGGCCAACAUCAGUGACAAGUCUCUGCCAGCCAACCUCUUGAACCAGGCUGCCUCUGGUCCCAGUGUCUGGUCCAUUGUAGGCACCUGCCUGGGGAUCAUAGUGGGUGUGGUGGUGGGUACUGUUCUAGAAGAAAAGAACAAUAGAGGGACAAAUAAAAAGUAGCACCCUGACCCGGGAACAGACUGCCUAUGGGGCCACUGAAACCACUGCAGUCCCCAGCUCCGACUGAAUGCACAGGCAACAGAAAAAACAAACACGACUGUGCCUGGUUACUAAUUAAGGCUUUAGCCCAUUUCUGUUCCUUCCACCACCUAGAUAAAUGGUAAGAUACUAACCACAGAAUCAGCCCCACUUUCUGGAGAUACACUAUAGAACUAAAUUGUGCUUCUUAACCCCUUUCCUUAACACCCUCUGCCCAGAAGCCCCACUGUUCUCCAUGGUGAGUUCCUGUGUUUUGCUGCCCUCUUGUAAGUAUCCAAUAAACCCAACUUAGUUCAUAAAAAUAAAAAUAAAUAAAUAAAUAAAAAUUAAGGUUUCUGUAGGUGGAGAAGGGUAUAGGGCAAUAAAUCGUAAUGGACAGACACUUGACUUGGGGUGGUAAACAUAUACUACUGUGUACAGAUGAUGUGCUGUAGAAUUGUGCACCUGAAACCUGUAUAAUUUUGUUAAGUGUAACCCCGUAAAUUCAAUAAAAAAGAAAGAAGUUAAUGAAAAUAUUGCACCCAAAACCUAUGGUAUAUUAUUAAAGCAAUACUCAGGGAAA